GAGAGAGAGAGAGAGAGGAAUCAUAAGAGAGAAAGAGAAAGAGAGAGAGAGAGAGAGAGAGAGAGAGGGGGAGAGGAAACAGUGGGGAAAAGCGAUGCAAGAAAAGAGGAGGAAGGAGAAAAGCUGAGGGAGUUAGGGUUUUAGGAUCUAAACCUACGCGCCUCUCUCGCCUUCCCCCUUCUCUCCCACCUUUCUUUCUCGGUGACGUAUCUUAUUGUUUGCCGCUCGCUCUCACUCUUUUGUUGCAUCAUUUUCUUAUCUGUGCGGUUAAACAACCUCAGGUAGCGUCUUCCUUCCCCACCUCCUCUCUCUUUCUUUCCUUCCUUUCAUUCUCGCCCGCACCAACGCGCGCACAGAGACAACAGUCAAUCAGCAGGAGAGCCCCACGCCAGUCUCCAGCCAAGUAUGGAGCGGCCCCCUGCACGUGUUUGCCUCCUCAAACCCUAACUAGGUUAUAUCGCUCUCUCUCUCUCUCUCUACCCUCCCCUCCCCCCUUAAUAUUUCUUCUCGACUUUUUUCUCCAUCCAAAAAUAUAAGAACUGGAGCUGCCGUCAAGAUAAAUAUAUAUACACAGUUGGAGAGGAAAAGGAAAAGAAAGAAAAGCAAGCAAUUGGUGUUGAUCUUAGGGAUAGAUUGGAAAACAGUAAAGCAUGGAACAAAGCGAGCUUAGUAGGCAUGGAGGACAGGGAGGUGGUGGUGCAGGAACAGGAGGAGGAGGAGGAGGAGGAGGGAGAGGGGGAAGAGUUCGGGCAAAUAGCAACAGCAGCAGUGGCACCAGCAGCAGCAGAAGCACUUCGGAACACCACCAGCCACAGCACCACUUUGGCCACCAUCACCACCAGCAGCAGAAGCAGCAAGGAAACAGCAGCAUCCCGUCGUCGCUCGAGCUGGUCCCGUUAAAGAACAGAGCGGGCCCCAGCUCAGUAGCCCCCUUCAUGGGCUCCAUCGUCCACCACGGCGUCGUCGACGCCUCCCUCGCCAUCUCCACCGCCAAGCCCGAUCCCUCCCUUUCCCCCGGCGCCGUUGGCCCCUCAUCUUCCUCUGCCGCCGCCGACACGUCCAAGAAGCUCGCCGGCGGCGGCGCCCCAGCCAAACGCUCCUCCAAAGAUCGCCACACCAAGGUCGACGGCCGCGGGCGUCGGAUCCGCAUGCCGGCCAUCUGUGCGGCGCGUGUGUUCCAGCUGACGCGGGAGCUCGGGCACAAGACGGACGGCGAGACCAUCGAGUGGCUGUUGCAGCAGGCGGAACCCGCCAUCAUCGCUACCACCGGUACCGGCACCAUCCCGGCCAACUUCUCCACACUCAACAUCUCGCUGAGGAGCAGCGGCUCCUCCCUCUCUGCCCCGCCCUCCAAGUCCGCCCCGCUCUCCUUCCACGCGCUUGCCCUCGCCCACCACCGCCCCGACUUCGAGCAGGUGACCGACCCCGGCAUGUCCCACGCUGCCGCAAUGCUCGGUUUCCACCAGCUCCACCCUCAUCCCCACCAACAUCAGCUCCUGUCCGCCGAUCAGAUUGGAGAAGGGUUACAAGGCGGAGGCAGUAGCGGCGGUGGCGACUCUGCCGACACCUAUUUGAGGAAACGUUUUAGAGAGGAUCUCUUCAAAGAUGAGCAGCCGGAAGGAAGCGGAGGGGCAGGCCCGUCCUCCCCGUCGUCGGCCUCCAAGUCUAUGAGGGCUGGCAGCGGGCUCCAAUUGCAUCAACGGUCACAGCAGCAAGAAGCUGCAGCUGCCGCAGCCGCAGGUCUGACGAGGCCGCAGGGGAUCCUCCCUGCGGCGGCAAUGUGGGCGGUUGCUCCGAACAGCGGAGCUGGGGGAGCUUUCUGGAUGCUUCCAGUGUCCACGGGUUCAGCGGCGCCCGCGGUGGCCGCAGCCACCGGACCCUCAGAGCCGUCCAUCUGGACGUUCCCGGCCAUGGCCGGGCAGUACCGCCCCGGGAUCAGCGGCGGAAGCAGCAUCCAAGCGCCACUCCAGUUCAUGUCGCGAAUAAACUUAUCGGGCGGUGCCGAGUUCCAAGGCGGCCGCGCUCUUCCGCUGGGAUCGAUGGUGCUGCAGCAGCCCACGGGCGGCAUGGCGGCUCAGCAUCUCGGACUGGGAACGUCGGAAACCAAUCUCGGGAUGCUCGCGGCCCUCAAUGCAUACAAUAGAGGUGGUGGCCUGAGCAUGAAUUCCGAACACCACCAGCCAAUGGACCACCAUCACCAAGCCCACAGUACCCAUCAGCAGCACCAAGGUGCAGCCAGCGGAGAGGACCACCAAACCAGUUCACAGUAGUAGAAGGAGGAGGGUUCAUAGGAUGUCAAAGAGCAACCUUGGACGCACGCAUGCAAGGCAGAAACAAAAAAUCCAAUUGGAGCUUCAAAUCCAGCAACGGCGAGUGUUCCUUUCCUCCUCCUCCUCUUCUUCUUCUUCUUCUUCUUCUUCUUCUUCUUCUUCUCUUUUGACUCGCACAAGGUGAGCUUUGGGUGCUAAAGAAUCCUUCAAAUUAGUGGACGGCGUUCUUUCAGCUUGCGAAAGAACACUGCCACUUCUCUUAUCAUUAUUUUCCCCCUUCCCUUUGUUUUUGUUUCGUUCUGCUUGAGUGUUGUGAGUUCAAGAACCUUACUUCCAAGAGUGGGGGACAAAGAUUUGUAUAGGGAUCCAAUUCGUCUGUGCAGUAGUAAUUCUUUGUUUGUUUAAGCGCAGAGAGAGCGCGCGAGAGAGAGAGAGAGAGAGAGGGAGAGAGAUGGAGGUUUUAGAUGACCGAGAACUCAUAAUCCUUUUCUGGUGUGCUUCUCCCUGCCCUUGUAAACUGUUGCAUUAAUCUGUCUUUUGGAAUCUUCCUCA